AUGUGGCGGGUGUACCUGGCAUCAGGGGACUUGCUGGUGGUGCACAUCGAGGAUCUUCCGCAUGCAGUGUGGCCUCCCUCCGUGAGGGUGCUGAAGCAGCAUCUGGGAGUGCUUUGUGGGCAGCCGAGAUUCAAGCAGAGGCUGCUGCGCGAUGGCAUCCUCCUGGAAGAUUCGGAGCUGCUCGAAACAUCCUUGGACUUGCAGUUGGUGGUGCUACCCUUUUCAGAGACCACGCAAGCGCAGUGUCGGGGGCUCAUGCAAGCAAUUGUCAACAAUUACGCUCAGGAGGUCGAAUCAAUCUUGCAAAGGCCGCAGGAUCCGGACUUGAUCUCGAAGCCAGGGUCGUCUCCUGAACCUUCUGCGUUGCACUUGGCACUGCAGCUUCGCCGCGUUGACAUCGUGGAACUCUUGCUGGAGGCCUGGGCCGACGUGGACAAGCCGGAUCUCCGCGGCUCAAGCCCUUUGUUCAAAGCUGUGGACAUUCACCACCUGGAGGUGGUCCAAGCUUUGUUGCUGGCAAGGGCUGAUGCAGACAAGGCCAACCUGAGGGGAGAGACUCCACUAUUCAACGCAGCGACCAACGGGCUCGCCGAAGCCGCCCGGCUUCUCGUGGACGCUGGCGCCGACAGAAACAAAGUGAGCUGCUGUGGGAAGAGCCCUCUGCACAUGGCGGUCGUGCGGGGUCACUCGGCUGUGGCUCGGGUGCUGCUGGAGACGCGUGCCGACCUGAAUUGCCGGAGCCGGCACGGGUCGACGCCGCUGGGAAUGGCGGCAGAACUUGGCGAACUUGAAACGGCACGCCUUCUCUUAGAAAACCAUGCGGACACUGCCGCGGCCGACAAGGACGGCUGGACUCCCCUGCUUUUGGCUUGCCGCAAAGGGUAUUUGGAGAUGGCCGAGCUCCUCCUCCAGGCCGGGGCCAAUGGGGAGUCUCAUGCAUCACAGGGAGGGUGGCGAUUGCAGUCCGAUUGCCCUGACCGAACCAACAAGUUUCCGGGGCGCAAGGUUGACGUCAAAAAGAACCUUGAAGCCUCAAUGCCGGAGGCAGACGUCGAGGGACGAACGCCCCUUCUCGUCGCGUGCUUGCAUGGCCACAUGGCAAUAGCGAAGCUGCUGGUUGAAGCAGGUGCUACCUUGCAGAAGGCCAUUGAGAAAUCCUCCGGCAAUGUGGUUGCAGGGAAUGCGCAUCCCGAAAUUGUGCACAUGCUCUCGCAGGCAGCUGCCGAUGGUUGUUUUGCAACCGUGCGCAUACUUCUUUCGGCGGGUGCCGACAAGGAGGAGCUGAACACUUUUGGUGCAACGCCCCUUUACAUGGCAGCUCUCUGCGGCCACGGCUCCGUUGUGCAGCUUCUGCUGGAGCAAAGGGCCAACCCCGACACGUCGACCGAAGACGGCUCGACGCCUCUUCGGAUGGCAGCCGCUGGCAAUUCUGAUUCAUGGAUGUCGAAGGAGCUUGCAACGAAGGAACAUGGUGACUUGCUCACAACGCAGCUGCUGCUGCAAGCCGGCGCCGACAAGGAUCGGGCGGACGAUACCGGCUGCACACCUCUGCUCAUGGCCUGCAUCCGUGGCAAGCUCGAGGUCGUCCGGGCUUUGGUGGAUGCUGGCGCCGACGUCAACCAGGCUAACAGAAACGGGGAGACCCCGCUCGUGGCGACAGAGGCCAGCCUGGAAGGUGCAGAGCCGCUGGACGAGGCUGCCAAAGUGGACGAGGGGCUUAGCUGCGCCGACAGCAGAAGACACGCUUACUUGGAAAUUGCCAAGCUCUUGCUGGAGGCUGGUGCCGCGAGAACGAAGGCUGGAAGGAUGCAAUGUCUGUUAACUGGUUUUCAUGUGAGAGUGCGUAAGGCAAGGUAUCCAUCAGUAGAGUUGCUAUCUUGUACAUCGUUGUACAGGUGUGGCCUGUCGGUACCUGGCGAUUCCAUGCCUCAGCUAGAUCCUUGCAGAUCUGGCUUUGACUUUGAUUCCUUGCAGGCCAAGCCCCAUGAUGAAUCGCCGAGCGUCGUCGAGGCAAGUAGUGGCUAUCUCGGAAGCGGCCACUUUCCGAAGGAGGCUCAAUGCGUUGUUUUUGCUGCUUGA